AUGCAUGUGACGAAACACCGGGAGCCAAAAUCGACUCUUUAUACCCAGGUUUUCACGAUGAACUCUCAAACUCCUUACAAUAUCACCACCAGCAUUCGGAAUGCUUCGUACAAUCCUGCGCAAACCCCCCCUUUUCAAGGGCAAAACCCUCGUUCGGAGGUUAAUCCUUCAAAUCAAUUUGAUAUUAUUAAUGGAAAUACCUUUUCUCAACCAAAAUCGAUUGUGAAAGAAAAAGAUUUCGUGGAAUUUUUACUUAAUGGCGACAGCAAUGAGUGA